CGCUGGGCAGCUGGGAGAUAGUGACGGACUAAGGCUGAGAGGGAAGCCACAGAGGACAGAGGCAGCAAGCACCAGCUCGCUCCUUGACCAGCAUCGGCAUGGGCUCCUUCUCCACCAUCGCUGUGAGCCUCCUCCUCUUCCUCAAAUUCCAACUUCCAGGCCACGCUCAAGCCAAUCCCAUGUACAACGUCAUGUCUAAUGCAGACCUGGUGGAUUUCAAGAAUUUGCUGGACCACCUGGAGGAGAAAAUGCCUCUAGAAGACGAGGUGGUGUUGCCGCAAGUCGCAAAUGAGCAGAAUGAAGAAGCAGGGGCUGUUCUGAGUGCCCUUCCUGAGGUGCCUUCCUGGACGGGGGAGGCCAGCCCAGCACAGAGGGAAGGUGGUGCCCUUGGGAGAGGGCCCUGGGACUCCUCUGAUCGAUCUGCCCUCCUGAAAAGCAAGCUGAGGGCACUGCUCACCGCCCCUCGGAGCCUGCGUAGGUCCAGCUGCUUCGGAGGCAGGAUGGACAGGAUUGGAGCCCAGAGCAGCCUGGGCUGCAACAGCUUCCGGUAUCGAAGAUAACAGCCAUAGAGGACAAGGUUGGCCAGGCCCCAGGGCAGACCAAGAGACCCUCCUCCCCUGGGGGCUCUCCUGCGUUGAGGUCUCACGUCAUGGGAGUUGUGAUGAGCACGGAUUGGAGCUGCCACUUCCUGUCAGCAUUUCUCACGUUUUGUGCUAUGCCUAGCCAGAGGGGUUUCGUUGUGGUUUUCCCACCUCGCCCAUCCCAUGCGUCACCCUAGACCUUCACCCAUUACUGACAGCAGCUGGAAAAAUAAAUAAAUUUCAGCACCUCGGACAGAAGCCAAUGCCAGACUCGUGCUUUCUCCC